CGCUGCGGGCUCUGCGUGACGGAGCGCGGGCGGGCGGGGAGCGGCGCGGGCCGGAGCGCUUCGCCCUGCUGCACCGGGGCCCUGCUCGCUCCGAGCCCUAGGGGCCGCUCCGGCCGGCAGCGAGCGGCACGGGCUGGCGCAGCCUGAGCCAGAAACUCGGAGGAAUUCACGUAAUGCUGGCUGCGGGCGGUUACGUCUUCGCGUUUAAACUGGACUUCGCAUCUCGCUGCGUUACGUGUGCUUCUGGCACGUACCGCGCGCGGCAGGGCUGGGAGGCAUCCCGGUUUCGCUGACAGGAGCCGGCUGGAAUUCCCGCGGUAGGAAAUGGGAAGAACCCGUGUGCGGGCGUGGCACUGCAAAGUACUCCGUAUGCAUGAGAAGUACAGGCUGAACUUUCAGCAGCUCAAGUCAAACCUGUACUUGCGUUCUUUCCUCAGGUUUUUUUUUUUUAUAUGCCUCAGAAGUUAUGUGACACUUAAAAAUUCGUUUAUGUUGUUUUUCACAUUGCUUCUAGAAAGGUAACUUAACUCUCAUCGUGUAAGUAGCAACACACACUUGGAAUGCAGGAGCUUUUAAAACCCUAAAUGAUCAGACCCGGAAGAAAACAACAUACUCCCAAGCUUCAGCUCAUUUGCUUCUUGUGUGACUGAGGAAACACCUGGAAAUCAGAAUGACUUUCAGGGAAACAUUGUUUGCAAAAACUUGAAGGCCAUCACUUCAGUACGAUGGGUACGGACCCACUUCAAGAGUUCAUAAGAUCACCAAGUAAACACUACCAAAAAAAAUGCUUUUCUUCCCCCCCUUUACAAAAUGCUUCAUAAUCCCUAUAAGGAGGGAUAGCUAUGUUUAAUGGCCUGGAUUUGUUAUUUGUUUUAAUUCACUUGCACAACACAUGUACCUAUACUAUAUUAUACACUAAGAAUAUAGUGGCCUUCAACCCAAACCGGUAAAAAGCUGUUCUUCUAAAAUAAUGUAGGCCUGAGUCCCUCCUUCCUUCAGAUUGAUAAAACAUUAAAAACAAGUUUAUCUUGUUUUAGAACAACUGAAAGCAGAGACCAUUGUGGAUAGGAAUAUAUGGAGACUACUACCAUUCUAAAUCUAAAUGUGAAAGUUUGUAUGGGUCAGUGAAACCUAUUCAGAUUCACAGAAGGAACUCUAAAAAUGCUGUGCCAUUGUAACUGUAAUAUAAAUGUUUUUUUAACUUGCUCAGUGCUCUUAAAAGUUAAUACAUGAAUAUAAGGCAUCUGAGAGUAAAAAAGAAAACAUCACUAGUAGUUGCUUGUGCCAGGUUUACUUUCGCAAACAUGCCUAUGUGUGAGGUUGCUCACUAAAUUGUCAGAGGUAUCAGCAGUCAACAUAGAAAGUGAUUUAAGGUCACUUUAAUUGUCCAGAAGAGAUAAACAGAGAAGAAGCAGUGAGGGCUCAUCUUCUGCUCUGCUUAUUCACCUUAAAAUACUUGAGUAGCAAUGAACUCUUCUGUACACUAUCUUUCUGUUGCAAAGUAUUUUAUGAUUUAAAGUUUAUUCCAGGUGAAAGAACAAAGUAUUAAGAACUAAAACAGGUAGGUCCCAGAGGAUUUUUCUUUUGUUUUCCUUUCCUCUCACUCCCUGUACCCUGUAUUAGAAACCCACUUGACUAGUUUCCUCCUUUAGCUAUGCCAUAGACCUGAUCCUUCACUGCCAUCUGCUUGGUCACUUGCACAGUGGUUGUACAGUCUGUAGUCAGUGUGAGGCAACAGUGCCACAUAUGACCAUGAAGUUAAGAAUAAUGGUGUGGGAGAAGGUUGUUGCCAGUAGUCAUAACCUUGGGAGAGUGUGGAACAAACCUCAAUCAACAGUUUUAAACCUGUUUCCUAACUUGUUUCAGGAUUCUUGCACCUUCCAAAAAAGCUUUGUCUGUGAUAGAUUUUCUUAGACUAAACUGAGGCUAGCACUAGAGAGUGAUUAGGCUCAAGUAGUAUCUCAUGCAUAAUUUCUUAUAUGAUAAGUGUUUUAAAUGGGCAAUAUCAGCUAGUGAUAACUGGUUUGUGACUUACCUAAUAUGAUAGUUUAAACAUAGCAGUUAACCAGAACUACUCCAGCACAUAACACUUCAGCCCUGCUAUUGAAAAAAGUCUGAAAAUAACACCAUGGGGAUGUUAUCUUGAACUACUACUCUAGCAUUUCUCUGUGUAAAACUCUCUUACCUUCUUUUCUUUCUCUUCUCCAGAAAUUUGAGUGGUCAGGAUGGAAAUAGCUAUAGUAAGAGAUAUGCUCUGUGUCUAGCAAAGGUACUGCGCACAGUUUAGCAUGCCACAGAUCAAGGAGCAGCCACAUCCCACCACACUCCUUAAUGACAAUGCUUGCUGACUUCAGGAAGCUUUAGCAGAUAUCAGAUUGAAAAGGUGAUCUACAGAUGACUCUGAAAAAGAUAUAAACGUAAAGACAACUUCUGAAAUGAAAUCCCUGUUGUACUAACCUUUUAGUAUUGCUUCAUAGGUAACAGUAAAACCUUUCAGAUAGCGAGAGUAAGAAAGUACAUUUUCUAACAGAUUAACUGGCAUGUUUGUUUGAAUUAUUAAGAUUAUUUAACACCAUUACUGAUGUAUUUAUGUAAUGGUGUAACAGCAUAGAAAGCUCAACUAUAACAGCAUAGUAGCAAAGUCCUAGGCAAAGGAAAGUGAAGAAAAACCCAAAUGAAGCAGCCAAAACAAAAGAAAAAAAAAAGUGCUUACCCUUAGAAGGCCUCAAGUAUGAAGGAAUUACCAACAAAACUCUCUUACAUCCACUGCCAACCUUUAAAUGAGAUCUGGGAUGGGGUGGGUUCUGGCUCCGCCCCUUCUGGUCACUCAGCUGCACUGCAUGCACCUGUGCUUUCCUGGGUUGGCCCUGCCUUCCCACCAGGUGCUCAAUCACUGCUUCAAGCUGUGAUUUAGCAUUUCUGCUACAGUAUAUAUGCAGUUUCUGUAAGCUGUGGAUUUUUCCAAGGCGUGGUUUUAUGGGGGGGGGUGUUUUUCCUGUUUCUGGAUGAUACAAAAUUUCUCAGCUUCCCUUAACUUGUAGAGAAAUUGUGUUAUUGAGGAACUACGAUGAUUACUUCAGGACACAGGGACACAGGUACAAAUAGCUGGCACCCUGUUUCUAAAGUAGCCAUGGGAAGUGUGCUUCAGAAAGAGAAGCAUGUUUUUGCCAAGGUCUGUUAAAGUCAAGAGGAGUGCUGGUGAGGACAAAAGCUGUACGGCCAAGAAAAAUAAAUUGUCUUCUGGAGGGUCUUCGUUAGAGGACAACGCUGAGUUCCAAGAUGAUAAACCAGCUAGAGCAGAAACUUCCACUUCAAAACGUGACUCAGAUGAAGUUGUGCAGUGCACGGAGCCCAUCGCUAUUUCUUCUGAUCUUGGUGUUCCUGACCCAUCUUUAGGAAAAGACAACCAAAGUACCACUGGAGAUAGCUCUUCAGAAGAACCCAUAAAGUCCUUCAGCAAAUCCCAGCGUUGGGCGGAACCUGGAGAACCUGUGUGUGUUGUCUGUGGUCGCUAUGGAGAGUAUAUAUGUGAUAAAACAGAUGAAGAUGUUUGCAGCUUGGAAUGUAAAGCCAAACACCUUCUACAAAUUCAAGAAAAGGAAGAAAAACUAAAGUCUGAUCACCUCGCACAAGGAGAAUCUCAAGAAGAAACUCACCUCCUUAAUACACCUUAUUUCUAUAAAGAUCACUCCUUUAUUUUAGGUUUGCGAGAUGAGCAGGUUGAGAACCUUAAACUGCAGUUAGGUAUUGCAAUCCAGGGCCAGCAAGUUCCAAGACCUAUUAUCGAGUUUGAACAUUGUGGUUUUCCUGAAACUUUAAACAGUAAUUUAAAGAAUUCUGGCUAUGAAGUCCCAACUCCUAUCCAAAUGCAAAUGAUCCCUGUUGGACUGUUAGGGAGGGAUAUUUUGGCUAGUGCAGACACAGGCUCAGGAAAAACAGCAGCCUUCCUACUCCCUGUUAUUAUGAAGGUUUUGAAUGAGACAGAAACUCCGUCAGCCCUUAUUCUGGCACCAACAAGAGAGUUAGCAAUUCAGAUAGAAAGACAAGCUAAAGAACUCAUGGCUGGUUUACCAAACAUGAGAACAGUUCUCCUGGUAGGAGGUUUACCACUGCCACCACAGCUUCAUCGUCUCAAGCAAAGUGUCAAGGUUAUAAUAGCAACACCUGGAAGACUUCUAGAGAUUUUAAGGCAAAGUUCUGUACAAUUGCAUGGCAUAAAAAUUGUAGUAGUGGAUGAAGUGGAUACUCUGUUAAAAAUGGGUUUCCAGCAGCAAGUGUUGGAUAUUUUGGAAGACAUCUCUCAUGAUCAUCAAACUAUACUGGUGUCAGCCACAAUUCCGCUGGGUAUCGAACACUUAGCAAAUCAGCUUCUGCACAAUUUUGUAAGAAUAACAAUUGGAGAAAAGAACCUACCAUGUUCCAAUGUGCGCCAGAUUAUUUUGUGGGUAGAAGAACCAUCUAAAAAGAAGAAACUGUUUGAAAUACUAAAUGAUAAGAAACUUUUCAAGCCUCCAGUGUUGGUAUUUGUGGACUGCAAGCUAGGAGCAGAUCUCCUGAGUGAUGCUGUUCAUAAGAUUACAGGAUUACAAUGUACAUCUAUGCAUUCUGAAAAAUCUCAGGUGGAAAGGACAGCCAUAUUACAGGGAUUACUUAAAGAGAAGUAUGAAGUGAUAGUAAGUACUGGAGUCCUUGGACGAGGACUUGACCUUGUCAAUGUCAAACUGGUCGUAAAUUUUGAUAUGCCUUCAAGUAUGGAUGAAUAUGUACAUCAGGUUGGAAGAGCAGGGAGGCUGGGUCACAGUGGAACUGCGAUUACUUUUAUCAAUAACAACAGCAAGAAACUCUUCUGGGAUGUUGUGAAGAGGGUAAAACCAACAGGCACUAUUCUUCCCCCGCAGCUGCUUAAUUCCCCAUAUCUUCAUGACCAAAAGAGAAGGGAGCAGCAGAGACUUAAACAAUUAGAAAAUAGCCUUGUAACAGGGGACAACAUUAUGGACAUCAUUAAAAAACAUGACAAAAAUAAUUCUCUGAGGUAAUGAAGAUAAAGCAAACUUUUUAAUUAUUAUGAAAGUGUGAUAAAAAUAAAUGUGCAAUUUUCA